AUGGAUAAAUUCGUCAUACGUUUCUCGUCGUCAUCACAAGUGGAUACUACUAACAUCGACAAUAGCGAAAAGCAAUUCAGCCAAACAAUAAAGAAUCCUAAAUAUGUCUUCUGCCAGUUCCUCGCGCGUAAAAACGCUUUUGAUUCCAGUAUAGCGCUUCCAUCUGCAACUGCUACCUCUGAGGACAGGGAUUCGGGUAGUGCAUUUGUUCUAAAUGGAUUUUCCGAGUGGCAAAUGGGAACUGAACGUGUCAGAUUUCAUGAAAAAUGUACACUUCAACACAACAGCAACCAGCCACUAUUAACAGAUAGACAACUGUACAAUCUACACUUGCAACUUAGCAAUAGCCUUUCCAGCAUACAGUUAUCCUACAUAUUGCAAUACAUUGACGACAUCAUUUCUAAAGAACAUCAGAAAAUAACUUGUAGGCAUAACAAAAAACUUGAUGGUCUGAAAAGCAAAAAAGAUAGAUUCAGUGCCAACAAUCCCCAGGCCAACCUACAUCAGUUCCAUUUAUUAAUAGUGGCUGUGAAUGAAAUUGUUUCGUUAGUACCCAGCGAUGCACAGAAAAACAUUGUUAAAUCUAUUAAGGAUGCACUGUAUUUUUCUCUUAUUGUGGAUGAGACUUCCGACGUAUCAGUGAAGGAACAGCUAUCCAUAUGUUUCAGAUAUCUCGACAAAAAUCUUCAAGUUGAAGAAGUUUUUAUGGGAUUCUAG